AUGAAUUAAUUCGAUCGAUCUUUCAUCGACAUCACAUCCAACUUUACUAAACCUACCUAACCUCGGGCAUCUCCUCUUCCAUUUUCUUUCCCUCUCUAUCAUCCAUCUCACUACCCGAUAUACUUCAUCGCCUCUGACGGCUUUUUGAAUUGCGUUCUCAUCACCAACGAUACCCUUUUUCUACUCCGCUCUCUCCUAAUUCUUCACAUCCAUCAUCAUGUUCCGUCGUCUCGUCACAGUCGCCCCUCGCUCCGUCGGCACUCUCGUGUCGCCUCGCAUCACACCGGCCCUGUCUGGCCUGCAAACGCAGCAGCCCAUCUUCCGCGCAUCUCCCGCUCCUCAGCGAAGGGGCUACCACGAGAAAGUGCUCGACCACUACAACAACCCGCGAAAUGCCGGAUCCAUGAAGGUCAGCGAGGACGUCGGCAGCGGCCUCGUCGGUGCUCCCGCCUGCGGUGACGUGAUGAAGCUCCAGAUCCGUGUCGACAAGGACACGCACACGAUCAGCGACGUCAAGUUCAAGACUUUCGGCUGCGGUAGCGCCAUCGCUAGCUCCUCUUAUCUCACCGAGUUGGUGCGCGGCAUGACUCUUGAGGAAGCCGGCAAGAUCCGCAACACCGAUAUCGCCAAGGAACUGUGCCUUCCCCCUGUGAAGUUGCACUGCUCCAUGCUUGCUGAAGAUGCUAUCAAGUCGGCCAUCUCGGACUACUACACCAAGAACCCCAAGGCUCGUUCGACCAACCUCGGUGGCACCGGUGCCUCCAUGCCUCAGGUUGAGGUUGAGGUUGAGAAGACUGGCGGUGCUGCUGCCAGCCUUUAAAAAUUUUAUCCAAACCAAAAAAAUAUACCAAAAAAAAGAUUGAAAUUCUCAAAUCUUACCCAAAAACACCACCCAACCAAAAGACAACCGUGUUGUGAAAGGAACAAGGCGAUACCAAAUAUGAUUCCCUGAUUGUGUUGAAUUUCUUCUUUCUUUUCCCAUGUUCCAAACUCAGAUUGGAAUUCGUUUCACUUUUCUUGAAUGAUGUACAGAUUUUUGCACUUAUUCUUCGAAUUUUUUUUUAAUACUUCGCGCUGGCAGAUUGACGCAGGCAAUGAAUGCAAGGCGAAACCAGAAUAUACCUAGCUUCGUGUUUUAUUUGCCUGUACUAGUUACUUUCAAUUGAAUGAAUGUCUUCGCUUGCGUGUUGUGAUGAUUCAUCCCGUUCUUUCUGCGAUACUGGCGUUAUUGUACUUGCAAUAUCAUUUGUAGAUUUUAUACACAUCAGGAAAUUCACCUCUC